GCGGGGCUGUGACGCAGGAGCCGCGGGGGGUGCCGGGAAGGGAUGGCGGGGCUGGGGCACAAGGUGCAGCGAUACGAGGCGUUUGUGUGGGAAACUCUCCGUGGGGAUCUGCGGAAGGUGCUAGAGAGCCGCGAUGCCGUGUAUGAGAAGAUCAGCCAAUACCUGCAGCUCAAAAACGUGAUCGAGAGGUUACAGGAGCUGCCCCCCGAGACGCUGCAGACACAGGUGGACCUGGGCUGUAACUUCUUUGUGAAUGCAGAAGUGCCCGACUGUUCCAGGAUCUUCGUGGCUUUGGGCUUUGGGUUCUACUUGGAUCUGACGCUGCCGGAGGCGCUGAAGUUCAUUGAGAAGAAAAACAAAAUGCUGACUGAGGUAAGCGACAGUUUGUCUAGGGACGCCGCGAGCAUCAAAGCCCAUAUCCGACUGGUACUGGAGGGUCUGCGGGAGUUGCAGGAGUUGCCGGAUGACACAAAGGUGCCAAGUUGACGGAGGGCAAAUAAAAGGGAACGCGCCGCUCUGCGCGCCGCCAUGUUGGGUUUGGCUGGUUUCUGUACUGACUGUGUGGCCCCCGCCAAGCUCCGGGGAGACUGUGUGGCCCUCGCCAACUCCGGGGGCUGCUUCUCACUGUAGAUAAUACACGCUGCACGUGUGACACGCCCGAAUUGGGCACGGAGGCAGCUCUUUACACUGGGCUAGGCGGGGCUAUUGCAUCCCGGGCACAGAAGUGACGGGGUUAAGUCAAACUGGGGUUCUGGGCAUAGGGAGCCCCCUGCACUUGUGGCCCCCAGACACGGCUAAAUGUGGCCCCUGAAUGUGUUGUAUCAUUUGCUCUUAUUUACAAAUAAAAAAAAAACAGUCCGACUGUCAAGCUUAACCCUUAA